AUGAGUGUUGGUUUUACGCACGCGACGAAUAAGGUGAGCGGUGGCGACGCGGGAAUGAGCGGGAAUACGAAUGGCCCCGGCGGAAACGAGUCUGCGACGAAUACGAACGCGAAUAUGAUGACGAUGAUGAGUACUCCGUCGAAGCCGCAGCAUCCGCAUUCGCCUCGAGCGAACGACCUGCAACAGAGAAGACUCCGACGGAAAUUACGCGCGCGUCUGUUUUUGAAAGUGUUUCUCGUUGUAGCGUUCUUACACUUCUUCGGUCGAACGGCGUACCAUUUUCUGUACUUUGUGAAGAUUGGAUACUUGCGAUACAUCAAGUUCCCGUUGAGAGACCAGAGGCCGAUACCGUGCGGGAACGAUACGCCACCACCGACGGAACAGUUGGCGGAUUUGUUCGAGAGGAGGAAGGCGUACGAGGAAAGUAGGAAGAGUUUAGGCGUGAAGAUGAAAGACGCGGUGGUUUUUGGGAAUAAGGCGAGCGGGUCGCCGAAACACUUACAACAACAACACGCGCAGAUCAAGAAGAGGCACGUGAAGAAAAAUAGCAGAGGUAGUGGUAGUAGGAACGCGUACGCGAAGACGAGUGGACGCAGAAGAUUGUUCGAAACAGAGGAGGUGUACGGCAAGAGAGAAGACGAAGUGGAAGAAGCAGAAGCAGAAGAGGAAGAAAUUGCCCACGAUGAUAGUAAACGAACGGGAUUUGGAGUAGAAAGAUUUGAAGCAGAGCGCGACUCGAAAGAGGAAUCCGGAGUGUCGGAAGACGCGUACUUAGAGCUCGGUGAAGAUAACUAUCCGUCCGAAGUGCUCUCAAAAGAGCAAGGAGAAGAUGAUGAAGAUGAUGACGAAGAAAGGGUUGGAAGAAAAAGCGACGCGCCGCGCCGAGCGGGAUCGAAUUUCGCAUCUCGCUUCUUCGGCGGUUUAGGACAGCGAUCAUCAUCACCGGCACCACUCGACGGUGAUAGCAUCAGUCGAGAAGUCAUCGAAGUGGCUUCAAAACGUGCCACCCAGCGAAUCAUCGAAGACCCGGGAUCAGAACCUCCAGCUCCACUCGUUAGCAACGGGGAAGAAGGUGAUUUUCAUUUGCUAGAAGACGAGGAAGAAUCAGAAGGAGAAGAAGUAGUCGAACAACAAGACAGUGAAGAAGAAUCUGUGGACGAAUCAGCAAUCUCGGAGGAGGAAGACGCGGGAGAGGAAAGAAAGUUUGCGAGCACAUCCUACGCGAGUGCAGACGCAAGUGCACGCGAUGACACCGACGAAGACUUCUCGUAUGACGACCCCAAAUCGCAACUCGAAGCGGCCGAACGUAAAGCGAACCUUUUGGAAGAGGUUGCCCUCGAAGCAAAAAAACGAGUCGACGAGGUGAAGGAAAAGACCAAACGCCGUGGCGCCGGAUUUGCCAUACUGUGCAUCUGCGACGCGCACACGGCUGAUAUUUGCGCAGCUUCCGUUGCGAAUAAACGAGCGUAUGCGAAAAUACACGAGUAUGAUUUGAUUUUUGUCACGGAAACUUUAGAUACGACUCGACCGAUGGCGUGGAGUAAAAUCUUAGCCGUACAAAGGUACCUGCCGCGAUACAAAUGGCUGUUAUUUUUGGACAUCGACACGCUCAUUAUGAACCCGGACAUACGCUUAGAAGAUAUCGCGGACGAUAAUUACGACCAAGUUAUCGGUGCCGAUCACAAUGGCAUAAACUCGGGCGUCUGGUUUGUCAAGAACACGCGAUGGAUGCGAUGGUUCCUCACCGAGUUGUGGGCGCAAGAAGAUUUAGUCCGAGGAAAUUACGUCUUCCAUUACGAACAACGCGCUUUCCAUCAUUUGUUCCAAACUGAAGUCUGGUCAAAUAAUGUUGGCACGAGUAAAAAACCAUACGAGGGCGCCGAGGACGUUCGCAAACGCUCGAAAGUUGUCAACCAGUGCGUCUUCAACAGUUUAUUGCCGUGGUACGUCAAUGGCGAUUUUGUCGUGCAUUUUGCCGGCAUGAAAGGUGUCGCGCAGUGCUAUUUAUUCUGGCAAUAUUACGAGAAGGCGAAAAAUGAUUUACCACCGGUAGGACCACACGAAAUCGUCGGCGCGCGAUUGACGGAAGAAAUGUUAGAAGGCGGCCCGAGAUAUGAGUUCAAAAGGUGCUUAUCGUUUCCCACGUUGUUUUGGUAA